AAGGUUCAAGUCACACAUCAGUAAUGAACGAUACCUACCUACUAUCAUAAGCCACAUGCUUACUGCAGAUAGGUAUGUGAGCGUGAUUUCUCGUGAGUCGAUGACCGAUUUGUGUAAUCUCUUGGUGCUUAAUUCGAGGGUAAUGCGGGGGCGGGGCUCAUAUUCCGGAGUUGUUUUCUUUGAAUAUUUCUAGGGAAGCCGGCAAACACAUCUACCGACUCAAUGGCGAAGGAGACGAACGGAAAAGAUUACGCAGUAUGUGAUCCUUGUCGGGCGAAGAAAAUUCGAUGUGAUAGAGACAAACCCUCAUGCGCCAAUUGUGUCCGUAUCGGCCAGAGAUGUGAAUGGUCAGGCCAGGGUAAAAAAUGUAACCAAACGGCACUUCUAAGUCAUACAAUUGAUAGUCUUGGCAGUCGCCUGCUAAAUCUGGAGGUAUACGAGUCCUAUUUCUCUGAAGUUGUUCCCGAUAAAAAGCCUUACAUGAGUGUUUGAAGAAUCUAGUAUCCGAUAACCAG